CGAGUUAAUACUUAGUACAGUGCCCGACCUACCGGAGGCAAAGAUGGAUGUCACCUUCGUUCCUAUACCUGGUCUACACAUCGCUGACUACGUCAUUAUAGCCAUCUUCCUUUGUAUCUGUAUGGGCAUAGGCGUUUACUAUGGUUACCAGACCAACAAAAACCCUUCUCUGGAAAACUACUUCUUCGGUAACCGACGUCUUAUGAUAGCUCCGGUGACUCUGUCACUCUUUGUAACGUUUAUAUCUGCGAUCGCGAUAAUGGGUAUACCGGCUGACAUAUAUAAGUACGGUAUUCCAAUUAUCUUCGGUGGAGCAGCAUAUAGUUUGUCCAUAAUUAUAGCCAGUCUUACUAUAGUCCCUCUUCUGUAUCCACUCAAACUGACCAGCACAUACGAGGUCUUCUAUAUGGGUAUUGCACUAUUUGCCCCAGCAUUGGCGCUUCAAACUGUGGCUGGGAUACCUCUGUGGCUUUCGAUCGUUGUUAUCGGACUUGUUUGUACCAUAUACACUGCAAUCGGAGGAAUUAGGAGCGUUGUGUGGACGGACGUAUUUCAAUGUCUGAUCGUGUUCACAGGGAUAUUAGCUGUAAUUAUAAAGGGCAGAACUUUACUAGGAACACGUCAAUCUAUCACAGAGAUCGCGACAGAGGGACACAGACUUGAUUUCUUUGACUUUGACCCAAGCCCAAUGGUUCGCCAUACUACCUGGGGUUUAACGAUAGGAAUGACGUUUGUUAUGCUUCCAAACUGGUGUAAUCAAGCAAGUGUCCAGAGAUUUUCAUCUCUCCGAAGUCUUAAUUCAGCUUACAAGGCGUUUUGUUUGUUGAUACCCGUUAUAGUGGUUUUCCAUGUAAUCAUUGGAUAUUUAGGAAUCCUUAUUUACUCGUACUACAACACGUUGAGAUGUGAUCCUGUCACAGGCGGAUUCAUAUCCAACUUCAAUCAGAUAGUACCCUAUUUCGUGCUGGAUGUGUUGCGAUCUCUCCCUGGACUUUCUGGUGUCUUCAUCAGCUGUUUGUUUAGUGGAGCACUCAGUACUCUUUCCUCUGGCAUCAACGCUUUAUCAGCCAACACCGUUGAGGAUAUCCUUGGCGACUAUGUAAAAAAGUCGAAACUUAUAUCACAAACGUUGGUAGCAAAACUAUUUGUCAUUACUUACGGACUGCUGGUUAUUGGACUGGCGUACGGCAUCAACUCAAUGUCGGGUUCCAUAAUUCAGAUGGCGGGGGUCGUGUUUGGAGCGUGCGGCGGACCGUUAUUGGGACUUUACUUCCUAGGGAGAAUGAUACCUAAAGCAAAUUCGACGGUAAGUGACUGCCGUUCAUCUUAG